UUUCCGGUCCAUGGGACCAGGCUGGGAUCUGCUGCUGUCCGCAGCCUCUGGUGACACCACAACCGCCAUCAUGUCAGACACGGACAGCGAUGAAGAUUCCGCUGGAGGCGGCCCAUUUUCUUUAGCCGGUUUCCUUUUCGGCAACAUCAAUGGAGCCGGACAGCUGGAGGGGGAAAGCGUCUUGGAUGAUGAGUGUAAGAAGCACUUGGCAGGCUUGGGGGCUUUGGGUCUGGGCAGCCUGAUCACUGAACUCACCGCAAAUGAAGAAUUGACUGGGACUGAUGGUGCCCUGGUAAAUGAUGAAGGAUGGAUCAGGAGUACAGAAGAUGCUGUGGACUAUUCAGACAUCAAUGAGGUAGCAGAAGAUGAAAGCCGAAGAUACCAGCAGACAAUGGGGAGCUUGCAGCCCCUUUGCCACUCAGAUUAUGAUGAAGAUGACUAUGAUGCUGAUUGUGAAGACAUUGACUGCAAGUUGAUGCCUCCUCCACCUCCACCUCCAGGACCAAUGAAGAAGGAUAAGGACCAGGAUGCUCUUGCUGGUGUGUCUGAGGAUGGAGAAGGCAUCAUCUUGCCCUCCAUCAUUGCCCCUUCCUCUUUGGCCUCAGAGAAAGUGGACUUCAGUAGUUCCUCUGACUCAGAAUCUGAGAUGGGACCUCAAGAAGCAACACAGGCAGAAUCUGAAGAUGGAAAGCUGACCCUACCAUUGGCUGGGAUUAUGCAGCAUGAUGCCACCAAGCUGUUGCCGAGCGUCACAGAACUUUUCCCGGAAUUUCGGCCUGGGAAGGUAUUACGCUUCCUACGUCUUUUUGGACCAGGGAAGAACGUCCCAUCUGUUUGGCGGAGUGCUCGGAGAAAGAGGAAAAAGAAGCACCGGGAGCUGAUACAGGAAGAGCAGAUCCAGGAGGUGGAGUGUUCAGUAGAGUCAGAAGUCAGCCAGAAGUCUUUGUGGAACUAUGACUACGCUCCACCACCGCCUCCAGAGCAGUGUCUCUCUGAUGAUGAAAUUACAAUGAUGGCUCCUGUUGAGUCCAAGUUUUCCCAGUCCACUGGAGAUACAGAUAAAGUGACCGAUACCAAACCAAGAGUGGCUGAGUGGCGUUACGGGCCUGCUCGACUGUGGUAUGAUAUGCUGGGUGUCCCUGAAGAUGGCAGUGGGUUUGAUUAUGGCUUCAAACUGAGAAAAAUGGACCACGAACCUGUGAUGAAAUGUAGAGUGAUGGAGGACUUCAGGAAACUUGAGGAAAACAGCGCUGACCUUCUGGCUGAUGAAAACUUCCUGAUGGUGACACAGCUGCAUUGGGAAGAUGAUAUCAUCUGGGAUGGGGAAGAUGUCAAACACAAAGGAACAAAACCUCAGCGUGCAAGCCUGGCAGGCUGGCUGCCUUCCAGCAUGACCAGGAAUGCCAUGGCCUACAAUGUUCAGCAAGGUUUUGCAGCCACCCUGGAUGAUGACAAGCCUUGGUACUCUAUCUUUCCCAUUGACAAUGAGGAGCUGGUGUAUGGACGCUGGGAGGACAAUAUCAUUUGGGAUGCUCAGGCCAUGCCCCGGCUGUUGGAACCUCCUGUUUUGACACUUGAUCCCAAUGAUGAGAACCUCAUUUUGGAAAUUCCUGACGAAAAGGAAGAGGCCACCUCCAACUCCCCUUCCAAGGAAAGUAAGAAGGAAUCAUCUCUGAAGAAGAGUCGAAUUCUGUUAGGGAAAACGGGGGUCAUCAAAGAGGAACCACAGCAGAACAUGUCUCAGCCAGAAGUGAAAGAUCCAUGGAAUCUCUCCAAUGAUGAAUAUUACUACCCUAAGCAGCAGGGUCUUCGAGGCACCUUUGGAGGAAAUAUUAUCCAGCACUCGAUUCCUGCUGUGGAAUUAAGACAGCCCUUCUUUCCUACCCAUAUGGGGCCCAUCAAACUUCGGCAGUUCCAUCGCCCACCUCUGAAGAAGUACUCCUUCGGGGCACUCUCUCAGCCAGGUCCCCACUCAGUCCAGCCCUUGCUAAAACACAUCAAAAAGAAGGCUAAGAUGAGAGAACAAGAGAGACAAGCUUCUGGUGGUGGAGAGAUGUUUUUUAUGCGCACACCUCAGGACCUCACAGGCAAAGAUGGAGAUCUUAUUCUUGCAGAAUACAGUGAGGAAAAUGGACCAUUAAUGAUGCAGGUUGGCAUGGCAACCAAGAUAAAAAACUACUAUAAACGGAAACCUGGAAAAGAUCCUGGAGCCCCAGAUUGUAAAUACGGAGAAACUGUUUACUGCCAUACAUCUCCCUUCUUGGGCUCUCUCCAUCCUGGCCAAUUGCUGCAGGCAUUUGAGAACAAUCUUUUUCGUGCCCCAAUUUACCUUCAUAAGAUGCCAGAAACUGACUUCCUUAUCAUUCGGACAAGACAAGGUUACUAUAUUCGGGAAUUAGUGGAUAUUUUUGUGGUCGGCCAGCAGUGCCCCUUGUUUGAAGUUCCUGGGCCCAACUCCAAAAGGGCUAAUACACAUAUUCGAGACUUUCUCCAGGUUUUUAUUUACCGCCUCUUCUGGAAGAGUAAAGAUCGGCCACGGCGGAUCCGAAUGGAAGAUAUAAAAAAAGCCUUUCCUUCUCACUCAGAAAGUAGCAUCCGGAAGAGGCUAAAGCUCUGUGCUGACUUCAAACGCACAGGGAUGGACUCAAACUGGUGGGUGUUGAAGUCUGAUUUUCGUUUACCAACUGAAGAGGAGAUCAGAGCUAUGGUGUCUCCAGAGCAGUGCUGUGCUUAUUAUAGCAUGAUAGCUGCAGAGCAGCGACUGAAGGAUGCUGGCUAUGGUGAGAAGUCCUUUUUUGCUCCAGAAGAAGAAAAUGAGGAAGAUUUCCAGAUGAAGAUUGAUGAUGAGUUCAGUCGGAAGUUUGCCCUUUUUGAUGAACAGCAUCGAGAAGAGAUGCGGAAGGAACGGCGGAGGAUUCAAGAGCAACUUCGGCGGCUUAAGCGGAACCAGGAAAAGGAGAAGCUUAAGGGUCCUCCUGAGAAGAAGCCCAAAAAAAUGAAGGAGCGUCCUGACCUAAAACUGAAAUGUGGGGCUUGUGGUGCCAUUGGGCACAUGAGGACAAACAAAUUCUGCCCCCUCUACUAUCAAACAAAUGCUCCACCUUCCAACCCCGUUGCCAUGACAGAGGAGCAGGAGGAGGAGUUAGAAAAGACGGUCAUUCAUAAUGAUAAUGAAGAACUUAUCAAGGUCGAAGGGACCAAGAUUGUCCUGGGGAAACAGCUAAUUGAGAGUGCAGAUGAGGUUCGCAGAAAAUCUCUGGUUCUCAAGUUCCCUAAACAGCAGCUUCCUCCCAAGAAGAAACGGCGAGUUGGAACCACUGUUCACUGUGACUACUUAAAUAGACCUCAUAAGUCCAUUCACCGGCGCCGGACAGACCCAAUGGUGACAUUGUCCUCCAUUUUGGAGUCUAUCAUCAAUGACAUGAGAGAUCUUCCAAAUACCUACCCUUUCCAUACUCCAGUCAAUGCAAAGGUUGUAAAGGACUACUACAAAAUCAUCACUCGACCAAUGGAUUUACAAACACUCCGUGAAAAUGUGCGCAAACGCCUCUACCCAUCUCGGGAAGAGUUCAGAGAGCAUUUGGAGCUAAUCGUGAAAAAUAGUGCAACCUAUAAUGGUCCAAAGCACUCAUUGACCCAGAUCUCUCAAUCCAUGCUGGAUCUCUGUGAUGAAAAACUCAAAGAGAAAGAAGAUAAAUUGGCUCGUUUAGAAAAAGCUAUCAACCCCUUGCUGGAUGAUGAUGACCAAGUAGCAUUUUCUUUCAUUCUGGACAACAUUGUCACCCAAAAAAUGAUGGCAGUUCCAGAUUCUUGGCCAUUUCAUCACCCAGUUAAUAAGAAGUUUGUUCCAGAUUAUUACAAAGUGAUUGUCAGUCCAAUGGAUUUAGAGACUAUACGUAAGAAUAUCUCCAAGCACAAGUACCAGAGUCGGGAGAGCUUUCUAGAUGAUGUCAACCUUAUUCUGGCCAACAGUGUUAAGUAUAAUGGGCCUGAAAGUCAGUAUACUAAGACUGCUCAGGAGAUCGUAAAUGUCUGUUACCAGACACUGACUGAGUAUGAUGAGCAUUUGACUCAACUUGAGAAGGAUAUUUGUACAGCUAAAGAAGCAGCUUUGGAGGAAGCAGAAUUAGAAAGCUUGGACCCAAUGACCCCAGGGCCUUACACACCCCAGGCUAAGCCUCCUGAUUUGUAUGACACCAACACAUCCCUCAGUAUGUCUCGAGAUGCCUCUGUAUUUCAAGAUGAGAGCAAUAUGUCUGUCCUGGAUAUUCCCACUGCCACUCCAGAAAAGCAGGUGACGCAGGAAGGCGAAGAUGCAGAUGGUGAUCUUGCAGAUGAAGAGGAAGGAACUGUGCAACAGCCUCAAGCCAGCGUCCUGUAUGAGGAUUUGCUUAUGUCUGAAGGAGAAGAUGAUGAGGAAGAUGCCGCGAGUGAUGAAGAAGGAGACAAUCCUUUCUCUGCUAUCCAGCUGAGUGAAAGUGGGAGCGACUCUGAUGUGGGAUCUGGUGGGCUAAGACCCAAACAGCCCCGCAUGCUUCAGGAGAACACGAGGAUGGGCAUGGAAAACGAAGAAAGCAUGAUGUCCUAUGAGGGAGACGGUGGGGAGGCUUCUCAUGGUUUGGAGGACAGCAACAUCAGUUAUGGGAGCUAUGAGGAGCCUGAUCCCAAGUCAAACACCCAAGACACGAGCUUCAGCAGCAUCGGUGGGUAUGAGGUAUCGGAGGAGGAAGAAGAUGAGGAGGAAGAGCAGCGCUCUGGGCCGAGCGUACUAAGCCAGGUCCACCUGUCAGAGGAUGAGGAGGACAGUGAGGAUUUCCACUCCAUUGCUGGGGACAGUGACUUGGACUCUGAUGAAUGAGGCUUCCUUUGGGCCUCCCUGGUGAGCCUUCCCUGUUCUCCAGCCUGGGUGGCUCACCUUCCCUAAUUUGUUCAUAAUUGUAUAGUGUCUGAUCCCGAAAUCACUAGAUUGACUAACACCUCAGCCUUUAAGAAGUAGUAUAUAAAUGGUAAUAAGUCACCUCUUCUGAUCUUCCUGGGACAGUGUCACACUUUGAUUUAAAAACAAGCAACCCCUUUUCCCCUUCCACUAACAAAAGUGCCCUCCUUUAGCUCCACUUAACUGCCCUUGGUAUCACUUUUCCCUCAGGAAGGAGGAGAAAUGAAAGCACUAACGAUUUUCCGUCCUCUUGGUGUAUUAGACAUUUUCCAAGCAUGGUAUCAUCUCAGUUUUCUGAUUUGCAGGCUGGAACAGGUGACAGCCCCUUGCUGGGACAGAGAACUGGGUUCUGGUCGACUCCGUGCCCCAGUAAACACAUAAACCUAUUGGACGAACUGCCCAUUACCUUAUUAUUUUUUUGAUUAUACAAUGCCUGACAAGGAUGGAUUUUUGAGGCAAAUGACUGUCAAUCUUUGAAACAGCCUAUACGUCAGAAAUGAUAAUGUUGCCAUGUGAAUGUGUUCUGUGCCCCUCAUUCCCAGGUGACAGGGUAGGAAAAUAAUAAGGUCUUUGGGCAAAGACUAUAUGUCUUCUUGUGUUUCUUUUCAUGCCUAGGAUACGGUUCUGUGCAUAGUAGGUACUCAGUAAAUGUUGCUACAAUCAUAACAUCCUCGAAAGACUUGUUUUUGACCAUCUGCUCCACGAUAAGCACUCUGUCAGAUCCUUGGGAUGCAAAGGCAAAUAAAUAAGACACAUUGCUUUUACCUAAAGAGCUCGCCCUCAAGUUGGGGGAGGGGGAGUGGAAUUCAAAACUCGUUUUUUAAAUACAUUACGAUGGUGCUUGAGCUGAGUGCAGUGAAGAAGCUAGAUGUAAAGCAGAGGGGAAAACAGAGGCAUGACCAUGUACGAAAAAGUCAGGGAAGUCUUCCUAGAAGUAAUUUAUAAGCUGACUGUUGAAAAACGAGUAGGAGCUUCCAAGAUGGAAAACUCCAGGCAGUGUGUAACCUGCCAUCUCUACGAGAGAUAGCAGAGUGUGUUCCUGAUUUGUUCAUUUGUUUAUGCCUGCCUGCCUUGUUCCAGAAAGGAUUGGAGGUGGUUUGUGCUCUAGUCCUUUAAUGCUGGAGUGGCUAGAGAUGAGACUGAAAGACUGGCAGGAAGUAUAUCCUCGAUGCUAACAGGUGUGAACUGUAUAUUAUAGGAAAUGAGUGCUAGUAGAAUGAUUGCAUCAGAUUUGUGUUUUAGAAGUUUUCUGUAUGUUGAAUGAAAGAAAUUGAAGAAUUCUAUGUAACGGACAAGUUUGACCCCACUUUUGUAAAAGACAAAACCACGUGU